CUAAAUUAUUACUCUAUAUUUGAAUCAUUAUACAGGACAAACAAGAAACAGUCUUUAUUAAGACAAAUUCAAAUGUCCUUUUUUCUUAAUUGUAAGCCAUAGUAAUCUUAAAUUUGUCAUUCAAGGACUCUGUAUUUCUGUGUUUCCCUCAACCAUUAACUUUGAGCUUAACAGAAAUCAUAAUACAAUGGCCACUUUUUUCAUUCUCCCACUAAUCCUCAUUUCUCUUCCUGUUUCCAUUUCUCAAACUUCCUCUAAUAACUGCAAUGGCAUAUUCAUAACUUACGACUACAACUCUGGUUUUCCUCUUCCACCAAACGUCUUGGCAUCAGACUCCAACAAUCAAGCCUACAAUUUCAGGUCCACACUCACAAUUCUCAAUAAUAGUCCUGAUGAGCUCAAGUCUUGGAGGGUUUUUGUUGGCUUCCAACACAGGGAAUUCUUGGUCUCUGCUUCACAAGCUGUGCUUGCUGAUGGAACCACUUUGCCCGGUGAUGUUAGAAAUGGAACUGUCUUUGCUGGUUUCCCCAUCACUGACCUCAAGUCCGCAAUUCAGACCGCCGGAGACACUAAACAGAUGGAGGCUCGGAUCGAGUUGGUUGGUACACUGUAUGGUGUUGCAUCUCCUGCUGUCCCCUUGCCUUCUUCUAUCACCCUCGCUAAUGAUGGCUUCUCCUGUCCUCCUUCUACAUCUCAAGGAAAUCGGACCAAAGUUUGCUGUGUAAACGACUCAAGCGCCGGAUCCAACGUCACGGCCUAUGAGGAAAUCCAGCCUCGGCAAGGGGGUGAUCUUACCAUAAUCUAUGAUGUCACUAGCUCAUUCGAAUCCAAUUACUGGGCACAAGUCACAAUCUCAAAUAAUGACCACACUAGUCGUCUUGAUAACUGGCAAUUAAGCUGGGAAUGGAUGAGGGACGAAUUCAUCUAUAGCAUGAAAGGUGCUUAUCCUACGGUUGUUGAUACAGGGGACUGCAUCUUUGGUAAGCAGGGUGAACAUUACAAGGGCAUCGAUUUUUCAAAGGCCUUAAACUGUGAAAGGAGACCAACAAUCAUUGACCUUCCUUUGGAAAAGACAAAUGAUACAACCUUAGGAAUGGUUCCCUUCUGUUGUAGAAAUGGAACCAUUUUGCCACCUAUCAUGGAUGCAAGCAAAUCCAAGUCAGCUUUUGUAAUGCAAGUCUACAAGAUGUCACCUGAUCUCAACAUAAGUGCAAUUCACCCUCCCCAGAACUGGAAAAUAAAUGGAACUUACAGUCCUAAUUUCAUCUGUGGGCCGCCAGUACGAGUAUCUCCCAGCCUCUUCCCUAACCCUGCAGGGUUAUCUUCAGAUACAGCUGCUGUUGCUAGUUGGCAAGUAAUCUGCAACAUUAGCAGUUCCACCUUAAAGAAGCCACCAAAGUGUUGCGUAUCAUUCUCUGCAUUCUUCAACGAUUCAGUCGUUCCUUGUAACACUUGUGCCUGUGGCUGCAAUACGCGCCCCAGCAGCCUAUGCAGCGCCAGUGAGCCAGCAUUGCUUUUACCACCACAGGCUCUUCUUGUGCCCUUUGACAACCGAACUGAAAUGGCAUCGGAAUUUGCUAGGGAUAAAAGACGAAACUUACCAAAUCCUUUACCUUGUGGAGACAACUGCGGGGUCAGCAUUAACUGGCAUUUGCUUAGUGAUUUCACGGACGGCUGGACUGCAAGAGUAACACUGUUUAAUUGGGAUGACACCAACAUUGUUGACUGGUUUGCUGCUGUACAAUUGGAUAAUGCCAUCCAAGGUUUUGAAAAAGCCUACUCUUUCAAUGGAACCAUCAUGCCUGAUAAUAACAACAUAAUAUUUAUACAGGGGUUUUCAGGCUUAAAUUACCUUCUUGCGGAAAGAAGAGGAGACAAUCCAAGGAAAGAUCCUCCAGUUCCUGGUACCGUGCAAUCUGUCAUAUCUUUCACAAAGAAGAGCACACCUGAAAUUGAUGUAGGCGCUGGUGAUGGUUUUCCAAGUAAAGUUUACUUCAAUGGAGAGGAGUGUUCCCUUCCGGUAAUACUUCCUUCGGGUAGUAAUCGCAGGACGCCUCUAGCCAAUAGUGCUUUUAGUCUUCUGCUAACCAUGCUAGUCCUCAUGGUUCUGCAAACAUCACUGUGGCUAAACAUAUAAUUUGCAUAUGAUUCAACUCUGAAUUUUUGUUUUCAAAUGAAGCAAGGUGCCUUUCCUUGUGUUGCCUGUGAUAAUCACAUGAUAUGUAACUCUCUCACUGCCCUUAUCGGAAAAAAAAAAUGUACUCUUGUUGCAGAAUGCCAUGGCAAUUUUCAUCAUUUGUAAAGUUGUAACCAGCAUUUUAAACCAGCGCAUAAAUUCAAUUUUAAUCAAAUAUAUGUACAUCUAACUGCUCCAACAUUUCGGUGGUGAGCUAAUGGGUCUUCCU